AAUCAUAACUCAUCCCUGUGUGUUGUUUUCUUCCUACAACAAUCACCAUAACUAACUGUUAAAGUAAAAUCAAGAAAGAAACUGCCUUUGUGCCACAAUUCAGCGUUGUUUUUUGUGAUUUCAUGUUGAUCAGGAAAAUGCCUCCUCUCGCCCUCUCCUCCCGUUUCCGGCAAUCCAUCACGCCAGAUGCACUCCGAUCGUAUCUCGCCGAAUUCAUCUCCACCUUCUUCUUCGUGUUCGCUGUCGUCGGCUCUUCCAUGGCGUCGAAGAAAUUGACCCCUGAAGCAGAGGGCGACCCGUCAAGUCUAGUAACCGUAGCCAUCGCCAACACCUUCGCGCUCUCCUCCGCCGUCUACAUCGCCGCCGGAGCCUCCGGCGGUCACGUCAACCCCGCCGUGACGUUCGGAAUGGCCGUCGGCGGCCACAUCAGCGUCCCCACCGCACUCUUCUACUGGCUGUCCCAGAUGUUGGCCUCCGUCUUCGCUUCCCUCGUCCUCCGAGUCAUGACUGUUUCCCAACGUGUUCCGACGUACGCGAUUGCGGAGGAAAUGACGGGAUUUGGGGCGUCGAUGCUGGAAGGGCUUUUGACAUUUGUGUUGGUGUACACGGUCUACGCUUGCAGUGACCCGAGACGUGGGCCGUUGGUCGCGAUUGGGCCGCUGGUGAUUGGGCUCACGGCUGGAGCGGGUGUGUUGUCGGCUGGGCCGUUCUCGGGCGGGUCGAUGAACCCGGCUUGUGCUUUCGGGUCGGCCGUCAUCGCCGGGAAGUUGAAGAACCAGGCGGUUUACUGGGUCGGGCCGUUGAUCGGAGCGGGCGUUGCGGGGCUUGUUUAUGAUAACGUUGUGUUCCCGCCUGAAGUCCCGGCGGUUUCCAUUAGAGGGGUUUCCGAUGCCGUCGGCGUUUGAUUCUUUUGUAAUUCUGUUUGGGACCUGUUUGUAAUAUUUCCCCGUUUUUUCUGUCUAUUAUUUUAUAAUUUUUUUUCUCAUUCUUUUUUUUGAUAAUGAUGAUAUAGAUUUUAUUAGUAAAAAACUAUCACUAAACCAU